UAUCACCCCAAUCUGCACAAUUAGACCAUCACAAUGAGGAUCGUCGAUCCCCAAUCCGCCACCCUUACCAACAUAGAGGUCCUGGCCUACCUAACGGCCAACCCUCCACGGCGACCACCGAACCCGCCGCCGAACUCAAGAAACUGGGUUCCCAGUCCGGAUCUACGGGACCAUAACACCGUUGUUAAGGAGAUACACAACUACGUCACCCGACUCUCCCCCCAUCUCCUCAACUACCCCAAAUACACGCAUCUCACCCCCGCCCAAAUACAAGCUCAGGCACAGUCGACCACAACAACAGCCAUCCCACCAUCCCAGAUCAACGCCCCCACGCCGCUCGACCAUGCGCUCCGGGAACUCGUCACCAGGUUACAGCCCUACGGGCUCACCAAGGGUGAGGUGCUGAUGAUCGUGAACCUGGGGGUGGGGUUACAUGCACCCGCGACGGAAGGAGAGGAUGGUGAAGAGGCGGGUGAGGGAGGAGAAGAAGAAGAAGAAGAGGAAGAAUAUGAUGAGAACGCAGAGCAGCAAGUUAAUGGUGGAGAGGAUACGAAUGGGAUGAUGGAGGUGGAUGGGGCCGAGGAAGGACAGGGAGGGCAAGGGGAAAUACCAGAGGAAGAUUACGGGGCGUUGGCGCUGUUGGAUACGGUUAUUGAGGAGCGCGAGGAGAGAUUGAGUAAUGAGGAUGUGAACAAUGUUUUGGCGAUUAUUCGGGAGACGUUGGGGUCGGGGAUGAAGGGAUCGGAGGGGGAGGGGAUAGAUGAGGAGGGAUAG